CAAUAGUAGUUUAAGAGUAGUAAAUUAAUCGGUAGUUUAUCAUUUCUCAACAAAAAAAACGUCUUCUGCCUUUAUUUAUUUCAGCUCCCCGCCUCUUCAAUUGCACUUAUUUCGCCAUUGCUACUGAUUUUCAAAGCUCUCACAUCCUAUUUCCCUGUAGAGCCUGGCUCUUGAGCUACUACUCCAAAAAGAUAACGUUUUUCAUCUCCCAGUCUGUUCUUGGGCCUGAAAUAUGUUCGUUUCUAUCUUUUGCUGCUCUCGGUCCUGUGCUGUCUGCUAUCUCAGGUUUUCCUCCAAUCUAUGCUAGAGGUUUUCAUCUUCUUAAUCUCUCAUCUUUUCUAUCUAGUUGGAUGUUCGGAUCUGUAAUUUUAGUAUGUUUUGUUGCAAAGUCUUGUUUUCGUAUGCGUCGAUCUUUUUAGUUGUUCCGAUCUGAUAAAUCCUUUUCUUUUCGGGCUGUGCGGUUUCUUGGCUUUGACUGAUUCUUUCCUUAGUCAAUAUCCUUUUUCGGGGGUAUUCGGAUCUGUAAUUGUUGUAUGUUUUGUUGCAAAAUCUUGUUUCCUUUUGUGUCGUUCCGAUCUGACUUGAGUGUUAAGCAACCCAGAUCUUUUUCUUUUUGCGGUUUCUUUGGACUUCUAAAACUGUAGCCAAACUGUGAAAACUUCUAGGUUUAUGAUGAAGAACACCAAUAAAUUUGCUGUUGUGUCUGCUAUACCCAUUAUCCUUCUUUAUUUGGCCUUCACAUCGAUCCAUGUUAUUCUGGCCCAAAACUUUGUUCCGUCCGAGAAAUUCCUCCUAGAUUGUGGAGCAACCUCGGAAACCACUGAUACCGAUGGCCGGAAGUGGACCUCAGAUGUUAAGUCCAAGUAUCUAAUGGCGGGUGGCAACUCCACCAUCUCCGAAGCUGCUACUCAGGACCCUUCGGUCCCUCAAGUCCCUUACAUGACUGCUAGGGUCUUCUACUCUAAUUUUACAUAUAGAAUUCCUGUUAUCUCCGGUCGUAAAUUUGUACGGCUUUACUUCUACCCUGCUUCUUAUGCGAACUUAACUGCCUCCAAUUCCAUCUUCUCGGUGACGGCAGGGUCGUAUACUCUGCUCAACAACUUCAGUGCUGCACAGACCACGGAAGCUUUGAAUUUUGCAUUUAUUGUGAAGGAGUAUUCGAUAAAUGUUGAUGGUGACAAAUUGGAUAUAACUUUCGUCCCGUCUCCCAAAGCUCCGAAGGCAUUUGCAUUCGUGAAUGGGAUUGAGAUUGUAUCCAUGCCUGACAUUUAUGGUUCCACUGAUGGAAGUCUCAUGAUUGUGGGCCAGUCUUCUCCUUUCGAGAUCGACAAUAGCACUGCUCUUGAGAAUGUUUAUCGCUUGAAUGUGGGUGGAAAUGAUAUCUCGCCAUCCAAGGAUACAGGUCUUUAUAGAUCUUGGUAUGACGACUCGCCAUACCUCUAUGGGGCUGCGCUCGUUACAUUGGCUGCUGAUCCAAACACAGACAUCGUGUAUCCGAUAGAUAUGCCUACUUAUGUUGCUCCAGUGAAUGUUUAUAGCACUGCAAGAUCAAUGGGGCCAAAUCCUCAGAUCAAUCUCAAUUACAAUUUGACUUGGAUUUUCUCAGUCGACUCAGGAUUCGCUUACCUAGUUCGGCUUCAUUUCUGCGAGAUUGCACCAAAUAUAACCAAGAUCAAUCAAAGAGUGUUUGAUAUCUUCCUUUACAAUCAAACUGCUAUGAAUGGGGCGGAUGUUGUUGCAUGGGCAGGUCAGCAAGAUGAUGUUCCAGUGUACAAGGAUUAUGUGGUUCUUGUUCCAAGUGGAAGCCCACAGCAGGAUUUGUGGCUUGAUCUACAUCCAGAUGCGUCUGACAAGCCCAACUAUUAUGAUGCAAUCCUGAAUGGAAUAGAAAUAUUCAAAGUUAAUGAUUCAAGGGGUAAUCUCGCAGGGCCUAAUCCUACUCCUCUUCCUAGACAGGAUGUGAUUGACCCACCAAAGGCUAGACCAUCAUCUGGUAAUGGUAAAACAAAGAAUCAGAAAGUGAUUAUCAUUGGGGUUGUUAGUGGUGGAAUCGCCUUAGCCCUUGUUGUUGGCUUCUUUCUUAUUGCUGCUUACCGCCGUAGGCAUGGGAAGGAGUCAAGUGCAAUUGAAGGUCCUUCAGGGUGGCUUCCACUUUCUCUAUAUGGUAAUUCACAUUCUGCUGGUUCGGCCAAGACAAACACUACAGGAAGUUACGCGUCCUCACAUCCUUCAAACCUUUGCCGCCACUUCUCAUUUGCUGAGAUCAAGGCAGCCACCAAGAACUUUGACGAGGCUCUACUCCUUGGGGUUGGAGGUUUUGGUAAAGUUUACAAGGGAGAAGUUGAUGGUGGAACAACCAAAGUGGCAAUCAAGCGUGGAAACCCACUAUCGGAGCAAGGAGUACAUGAGUUCCAAACUGAAAUUGAAAUGCUUUCAAAACUUCGUCAUCGCCACCUUGUCUCGUUGAUUGGCUAUUGUGAAGAAAACUGUGAAAUGAUUCUUGUUUAUGACUACAUGGCUCACGGAACGCUGCGUGAGCAUCUUUACAAGAGCCAAAAACCUCCACUGCCCUGGAAGCAAAGGCUUGAGAUCUGCAUUGGAGCUGCUCGCGGCUUACACUAUCUCCACACUGGCGCCAAGCACACUAUUAUCCACCGAGAUGUUAAGACAACGAACAUCCUUUUGGAUGAGAAGUGGGUUGCAAAGGUUUCUGAUUUUGGGUUAUCUAAAACAGGUCCCACAUUGGAUAACACGCAUGUCAGCACUGUUGUUAAAGGUAGUUUUGGGUAUUUGGAUCCUGAGUACUUCAGGAGGCAGCAACUGACCGAAAAAUCUGAUGUUUACUCAUUUGGAGUUGUUCUUUUUGAGAUCUUGUGUGCUCGCCCAGCUUUGAACCCAACACUUCCAAAGGAGCAAGUGAGCUUGGCAGAGUGGGCAGCUCAUUGCCACAAGAAAGGCAUUCUUGAUCAGAUAAUGGAUCCUUAUCUAAAGGGGAAGAUUUCUUCCGAAUGCUUCAAGAAGUUUGCCGAGACUGCAAUGAAGUGUGUGUCUGAUCAGGGCAUUGAAAGGCCAUCGAUGGGUGAUGUGUUGUGGAACCUAGAGUUUGGUUUGCAGCUACAGGAGAGUGCGGAGGAGAGUGGCCAAGGCAUUGGUGGAAUGGAUAUCGAGGAGGAGCCAUUCGUACCUUGUAAAGGGAAGAAAGAUCCUGAUGCAUCCCGAGGUUUUGAUGGUAAUGCCACCGACUCGAGGAGCAGUGGAAUGAGUAUGAGCAUUGGCGGUCGAAGUGUAGCCAGUGAAGACUCGGAUGGGUUGACACCAAGUGCUGUGUUCUCGCAGAUCAUGAACCCAAAAGGACGUUGAAAUCACAAAUGAUUGAUUACAUUGCAAACUAUGAGCCAACCGGUAUGUUUUCUUCUGUCAAUUGUAGCGUGCAGGUCAUAUUUGUUUCUUCUUUUGAUCUUAAUACGUUUACAUGCAGUUGAUUUUUUUUUUUUUUUUUUUUUUUUGG